AUGAAGCGGCCACUGAGCCCAUCUCCCCCAGGUGAGAAGGAGCCCCCCACAUCUGGAGCUGCUGAAUGCCCCCCUCGGCCCCCAGAACCACCUAAGCCCAAGCGGGAAAGAAAACGGCCAUCGUACACGCUCUGCGACGUCUGCAACAUCCAGCUGAACUCGGCAGCCCAGGCCCAGGUGCACUGUGGGGGGCGGGCCCACCAAAGGCGGCUCCGGCAGCUCAGCUUGGGAAAGACCCCCUCGGGGCCAGCAGGCCCGGCCUCCAGUGCCCCCAGCCCCCUGCUGGCCUCCCUGCCCCUGCCCACCCGGCCUCUGCAGCCCCCGCUGGACUUCAAGCACUUGCUCGCCUUCCACUUCAAUGGCGCCGCCCCGCUCAGUCUCUUCCCCAACUUCAGCACGAUGGACCCAGUGCAGAAAGCUGUCAUCAGCCACACGUUUGGGGUCCCCUCCCCUCUGAAGAAGAAGCUCUUCAUUUCCUGUAACAUCUGUCACCUGAGGUUCAACUCAGCGAACCAAGCUGAAGCACAUUACAAAGGCCACAAACACGCCAGAAAACUCAAGGCUGUCGAAGCUGCCAAGAGCAAGCAGAGGCCACAAACCCUGGCCCAGGAUGGGGCAGUGGUGUCCCCGGCCCUGACACUGGCCAGUGGAGCCCCCGGAGAGCCACAGAGCAAAGCAGUUCCUGCAGCUCCUCCUCUCAGCCCUCCACUCCAGCCACCAGUGACUCCGGACCCUGCACCCAGGGAGCCAGCCCAUGCAGAUCUCUUGGACGCUGCCUCCUCUUCCUCUUCUUCCUCCUGCCCAUCUUGCUCCCCAGAGCCUGGGAGAGAGGCACCAGGGCCUGAGCCGGCGGCGGCUGCUGUGGAAAGCAGUGUGAGUGGGGAAGGCAGGAGCGAGAAGGGGCGCCUCUACUGCCCCACGUGUAAGGUGACCGUGAACUCGGCCUCCCAACUUCAGGCUCACAACACAGGAGCCAAGCACCGGUGGAUGGUGGAAGGUCAGCGAGGGGCUCCCCGCAGGGGCCGGGGCCGCCCGGUGCCCCGGGGAGGGGCUGGACACAAGGCCAAGAGAGUGACAGGGGGCCGGGGUGGCCGGCAGGGGCCCAGCCCCCCCUUCCACUGUGCCCUCUGUCAGCUCCAGGUCAAUUCAGAGACUCAGCUCAAGCAGCACAUGAGCAGCAGGAGGCACAAAGACCGCCUGGCGGGGAAGCCCCCCAAGCCCUCCAGCCAGCACAGCAAGCUGCAGAAGCACGCAGCCCUGGCCGUGAGUAUCCUCAAGUCUAAACUGGCCUUGCAGAAGCAACUCACCAAGACGCUGGCAGCCCGCUUCCUACCCAGCCCACUCCCCACCACAGCCGCUGCCAUCUGUGCCCUGCCUGGGCCCCUGGCCCUCCGGCCUGCCCCCACAGCAGCCACUACCCUAUUUCCAGCUCCACUCCUGGGCCCAGCUCUGUUUCGCACCCCAGCGGGAGCCGUCCGCCCUGCCACGGGACCCAUCGUCUUUGCCCCGUAUUAGCCCUCAUGGGGAGGCCAGGGCUGAGUUCCCAACAGCCACUCGCCAUCUCCUCCUGUCCUAAAGAUGCUUCUGUUUCCGACAUCCCACAGAGACUGCCUUCCACAGUUUAGGGGGUCCUGCCCAAACUAGGAAGGGCUGGGCUUGUUUUAAGGGCAGCUGCCCUUCCCUGUCUGGACUGGGGAUUCAACCAGUAGCCCCCUGGUCCAAGGACCAUUCCCACCCUCCUUUCCCAGGCCUUCUGGGCUAGUCCUAGGCUCCCCUGCACCUCCCAGCCUGAUAAAUCCCAAAGAUGUAUGCAAAAUCCCAGCCCCAGCCAUGUGGUGCUCUCAUUUUCAUGGACCCAAGACCUACACCCACAUGGCCAGACUCCAGGAAUCCUGGCUUCUACAAGCCAGUCUCUCCCAGCAUGGGACAAGCCUGUGACCUCCACAGCCAGGCUCAGGGCCUCACUGGAUUCUCUGGAGUCACUGGAGAUAGCGGAUAGGGUCUCAAGCUGGAGUGGGCACAAGGCUAUCAGGACAAGGUGACCGUGGGGGUGUGGCAAAAGACCAUGGAAAAGAAAAGGGGACCCAAGAGUCCCUUGAUCAAGCAGUGCUAAGGUGAGGCAGAGCCAAGGAAGUAGGGUGAGGGCUGGCUCUGAAAGCUUUGGGGGGGCCUCAUCUGUUCAGACAAGAUGCAGCUAGAAUGGGGCAGGUGAUGGUGAUGUUCUGACUGGGCCCAAUUUCAAUAGAGGGAGUGACCCAUCCCACAAAAGCUCUCCCUUCCUGGCCUUUCGCUGAGUCCUCCUGAACCUCAGCUCUUGUGGGGGGGGGGUGUCACUGGGUCUCCCUCAGACUAUGGACCAGGCUAACACCAAAUCCCCCCAGGGGUCCCAAAGGAAGAGCUUCCCCUCCAACUCCCCACCCCUGGUCCCCAGCACUAAACUCAGCUUUCCCUCUUCUCAACCGGACCAGCACCCCACUGUGAAGCAGAGUGCUGGGAUGCAGUCCGACACCCGCUCGCAGGACCCAUCCUCAUGCUGUCAAAGUCAGUGUCACAAACUCCAUCCCACCCCUUACCCCACAGUAUGGGACUUUGCCAGUGUCCAUCUGUACCUUGUUUUUUUAAAAAGAUAUUUCCAAUGGGAGAACAAGAAAAAGGGGGGAGGGCAGGGAAACUUUUUGAUAACAGCAGUUGUGGUUUUAUUGUGUCCAAAGCAUCAAUAAAUUAACUUG